AAUUCACUCACUAUUAGUCGUAUUGUUUAUGACGUCGGACAUUAUUUAUUCAAAAAUACGAGAACAAUGAUGAAUUGUCGCGUCUUUUUUAAGAUAAAUAAAAUAUACCAAAAGUGAUAUUUGAGGAUUUCGCAUAUGGGGCAAAGAAUGACAUUAAUGGGGCAAAACACAGGUAAUAUAUGUCCCGUUAAUGCCUGCGUCAGGUGCAUUAAUCAAUAACGUCUGUAAACAAUCGGAGAUCGAUAACAAAUAUACGAAGGCCGAUGAGUAAUCUUUGUGAAGGAAAUAAACAUUUGAUCUUGUCAGAAAUACGCUUGGUUGUGUGUUUUCGCAAAAUUAUCGGGAUUUCAACGAAGUUUAAAUACAAUCUACAGAGCCUCACCCCGUCGACGGCCUCGGGCGUUGCGGUAUAAUGAUAGUUAUUUUUGAAAUACAAUACUCGAAACCGGUUUGAAUACACCGCUGUUCGCUUCGUUGAUCGGGAUCUUGAAAUACGGACUACUUACAUAUAAAGUUGCCAUAAUCGAAGCGUAUACAUACAGCUUAAUUAUGCACCUGAUGUCGUCGAUUAAAUUUAAAUAAAAGAUACGGUUCAGUAAAUUGGAGAAAUACAUUUCGUCUGAGGUGUUACAUGAAUGAAAGUAUGUCAUCAAAGUUACAAACGUUAUUGAAAGUACCUCUAUAAACUUUAGUCAGACACUCGCUUCAGCGAUUGCGUGAAAUUCGGCCGAGUGAAGUGUAGAAUUUCGGAACGUCUUCAAAAAUUCUAUCGUCUGACACCGUUAAUGUGAUUGAUAUUGUUCUGGUCGGAGUAUGUAUGUUAUUAAAUGUAAACUAACGAUAUCGAAGGAGGAUCUGUUAAAUUGUUAAUAAGAAUUUCUUGACAGCCUGUUAGCAAGUGUUGGAAAAUUGGAAAAAUGAACAAAAUGCAACGGAAUAAAACUUCCUGAUUCGUUAGUGUAAUUGUUAACUCUGUGAACACGUGAAUACACAAACAGUGCUUACUAAAAUGGGGACUUUAAACGGCGCUACCCCGAUGAUAAAAGCCCGGGUGCUGUAUAUCGGAAGUGCGGUGCCAAUUGAGACUACGGAAGGCCUAGAGGCGAUCCAGACGCCGCUACGGAACCGGUAUCCGGUGAACGACGACUCAACUCUUGAAGGUAUAGACGCCAUGUUGUCCAUAUCGAACAGCUGCCUUCAGCUUCAGUACCUGAGCGACUCCGGUGACAUAGUCCAGUUUCCGAUUGGUUCCCUUACCUUGUGCGCUGCGGUGCGCUGCGUAUCGACGAUGAACGGCUCGACCGGCGAGGCGCAGGCCCGGUUCGUGUCUCUUCUGGAUCCCGCGGCCGGGGGGCAGAAUGCGCACAGGCCGGCAAUCUUCACUGCAAUCACGAGACGCACACAGGGAAGGAAAGUGUUAGAUUGCCAUGGCUUCGUUUGCCAGAAUCCCAGGGACGCUUUGAAUCUGGUUAGGGUCGCUAGGAUUGCUGGUAUGAAUUUCAAGAAGAAUGGUUCCGUUAUGGGUACAACUGGUUCAGUUAUGGGUACGACGAGUCGAGUGGAGCCGGUAAGGACGAACGGUACCAAUGGGUUGGUGGCUGUGAACGGUGGAACAAAUGGAAUCAAUACAACCAAUGUCGACUAUUCGUUUGAAGAACGAACCACAGCGGCAAAGACUGAUGGUCCAACCAUACGCCUCCUACCAGGCGAGACUAUCAGUCAAAAAGUGACGGCCGGACCAGAGUUCUUCGAGCCCGUACCAACGCAGGGCUACUUCUACAGUACAAACAAUGUAGAGGUAAAGAAAUACAAUAUUCUAAAAGAGGGAACAAUAAAUGCCAAAUCGAAUUCCCAUUCUCCAAACUCUACACCGGGGCACACUGAUGGCGCUCUCCCCACGUUUCCGGUGAAUGGAACGGAACAAACUACAUUUGCGAGCGAAAUGCCUUCAAAGAUAGUGCCACCACCGAUUUACGUGCGCCUGCCGACUCGCCACAUGGCGCCACCUAUGGGGUUCCGGCCACCUAUGUAUUAUAUGCCUCCGCCCCAUCAGUUUAUAAUGCGACCAAGGUUCUUUUCGCCACCGCCGCCUCGUUUUAGACCUUUCCCGUUUGGUAUGCCCCCGGAAGGCCCACAACCUAUGUACGGGCCGCCAAUAUUUGAACGUCGACCGAGGGCGGAUUCGAGAGGAAGCAGCGGUUCAAAGUCGCGCUCUUCCUCUGGGUCACGUGGCUCACAUCAUUCACAAGAGUCUAGAUCAAAAACUAUCACCGGUCAAGUGAACGGUCAAGAGGAAACGGAGCCAAAACGAAAUAUUCCUAACGCCGAUGAUUCGACGGACGAUUCUAUACACGAGCGGCCAUCCACACCUCCCACGGAUUAUAACCCGCGCCAGAAAGGCGAGAGAAAGAGCCGUCGUGAUGAAUACGAGGUCCGUUACGGAGUCGAAAGACCGCCGCCGUUUAUGAUGAGACCACCGCCUCCUAGUGCUUACAUGGACCCAUAUGGCAGAGUUCCCUAUGAUUACCUCGCGUAUCCACCGACUCAUCCGCCACCCUUCGGGCCGUUUCCUAUGACUAUACCGCAUGGUAGGUCGAGGUCAUUACCCCCAGACGAACGUCGAUCCAGAUCGCGAAAGCGCAAGGGCAAGAAAAAGAACAAGAAGCAUAAGAAGAACAAGCAUAGGUAUGAAAAAGAGCGAAUGGCCUACACAGGCAGGGAACCUCCACGACGUCUGAUUUACGGCGGAUAUUACCCCGCCCACAGCAACGUGUCACGUGACAGCUUCGCUGGGUACCAAUCCGACAUGCCAGCGAGACGCCAGCGUCCGGAGCUGAGCGGGUAUGAGUUUUACCCACCACGUGACUUUAGGAGGGACGAAAACCAGUUUAUGAACGAGCGAAAUUUCUCGAAAAGCAUAGCCCAGGAGACCGGUCGAUCACGUGACUCUAAGAGCUAUCCAACGGCGUACGAGCUGAACGAAGCGCUCGACAGGACGGCCCCUAAACGGGACGAUGACGCGGACUUCAAUCUGUAUUGAUCUAGAACCAUACCGAUCGCGAUAUAACUGCGUCUGGAAACCUAGCUGUACAUCUAGUGCUACCUAGCAAUUGCAAAUUGGAGCUGCUAUAAUGACGUGGAGUACACGAACUGAUGACGUCGUUGAACUUUUACCUGAGGCCAUAUUCAAACGUGUUUUGAUCGUCUACAUGUUCACAUGUGCGUUAGUUGAACAUUAUCAUCUCAUAUAGAUCAAGUAACAUUUCGUCACAUUGAUGACAUGCAAUUUGUGAGAAAAUACGCGGGAAAACCAGGUUAAUACACGCGCGUACAAAGCCGUGCUAGAUCUAGAUCAGCGUGCACUGGCUGCACAGUCCAAUCAAUUACCACGUAGUGUACUCUCGCGAACAUUUUUUUUAAAGAACCUUUAUCACAAAUCAACUGCAAACAUAUUUUGGUAUUUGUAAAAUAUAGGCUCAGUUUCCAGGCUGAUGCAUACUGCACUUUUCGUGAGUGCAUUAAGCCCUUGUUUUCCACGACAUGUCUCGUAAAAAAUGACGUCAUUUCACAGUAAAACUGAAAAUUAUUGAUAAUUUUUACUGUUAUUGUUCACUGUUUGAAACAGUGAGUAAGCAGUUUUAAUUCACUUAUAUUUCACUAUAAAAACAUGAAAGCCUGGUUUUAUAAACAUUACCAUACAGCGUUUGUUUAUAGGUUAAUUAUUUGCAUAAAAUAUGUAGAUAUAUACAUAAAAUGGUAUAUUAUAUCAGAUUAAUAUUACACAAAACUAUGUGUUACAAUUCAUGGAAACUUACCACAUACUAUUAACGUACUGUAUGGACAUUUAGUUGACCAUGUCCAAUUUAGCACCGUGCCACUUAACAUGAUGUGGAACUCGCUUUCGCAAAUAUAAAUGUAGUUUCACUUUGAUCUUGUAUUGUUACAUGGAAAUAUUUUUUAAUGUAUCUAGGAGGUAAGAUAUCGUUUGUGUAUAUGAUUGUUCUAUGUGAGCUUAUCCAUGAAUAAAACAUAUAUGUGAUGCAGUACUCAAUUUCCAUCAUGAUCAGAUUGUAAGAUUAUUAUUUUUUUUAAUGGAUAUGCAUGUUCCUUUUUUCUACAUAACUAUACAAGCGGUGCGACUUUCUGGUAUAAGCUUUAUGGAGGGUUGGGUGCGAAACGUCUUUUAAACACAUUUUGUUUGCUCACUGUCAAGUGUAAGUUUUGAUUAUAGGAUUUUCAUAAGUUGAAUUUUAUAUGUGUGAAAUGUCAAUUGUACCAAAAUGUCACAUCUUGAAAUCUUAGCCGUUUUUUGGCAUGGUUGCGUUGCUAGAAACUGAUAUAGAUAUUGGCUUAUAAUAAAUGCUAAAUUAAGACGAGCGUUGAAAUUGUGUAAGACUUGAUGGACUUAAACCAACGUUUUACCGAAUGGAUUUGUUUGCGCACGUCGCUUAAUUGAUAUAGUGCUCUAUCUCCAUUUUUUUUUCAAAAAUGAAUUUUUUUAUAUCGCAGUGUUCGUGAGAACGAGAUCUUUAAUAUGACGUAAUCGGGUGAAUGCUGUACUGCACCAUCUACGGGACUUAGAGCAAAAUAGAAUUCUCGCUCAGAAUAGCCUAUCAAUUGCCAGAAUUUACACCACGUGACUGAGUUUCAUUUCAGAACUGUAAUGGUCCAUCUUCAUGACGUUCAAUAAAUAAAUGCCCAGAUCCGUAACCGAUAAAAUGCUCUAUGUCCCGAUAGAACAGUUCAGCAUUAACGAUUUUUUAAAUAUAUUUUACCAGAAUGCUCUAUCACCAUACAUAAAAUUGCACAUAACAUUAACAUAUAAUAUACUAAAGUUAAUAUUUCUCCGUUUGCUGAUAAACACUCCGGUAUAUUUAUUUCCACAUACGUGCAUAAAUAAGUGAGAAAAUAAAGGUUAAACCUUGACAUGCGUUUUUCUCCAAAUAAAUGAAAAUGGUAGUUAGAGCACUAUAGCAAUCAAGCGACGAACAGUUCGUCUUAUUUUACAGCAUUGUGUAAAACCUUUAUCGAAACACACAGGAGAAAAGCAAUAAAAAAUAUAAAUACCAUGUAAUAAGUUAGUACCAGCAUAUUAAGUGCGAAUCAGUAUGUAUAAUAUAUAAUGUUCAUACAUCUCUGUUUGUUCAUAAGUAUUUUAUAAAACUGUAGUUGCCAGUGAAAUGUUAUUUUUAAAUUCCUAAUACCUUAUUUCGAUAACAUGUUCACAAUGCUACAUUUUGUUCGUGGUAUUAUUGGGAAAAGUUUAUUAAAUUAUCGUUAUUGUAAUUAUAGUAUGUUUGUUAUAUACGGUAUAAGAUGUUUAUAAAGUGUAUAUAUAUG